AUUGGGUAACCGAUUCAGUAUUGGUAGGAAAUUGGAUGACCGAUUCAGUAUUGGUAGAAAAUUGGGUAACUGAUUCAGUAUUGGCACGUCAAGUGCCUAACGCUAUCCCAAAUAAACAUUUCAUAAGGACACAUGGUA